UCCGACUGGCGAGAAACGCCAUCUUAAGUUGACGGGGGUUUUAAACGGGGUGAAAACAGGAAAACGGGCACAGAGGGAGAUAACCUGUUAGUUUGUAAUUAAAAUUACCAGAAGUAUCUGUAUUAGUGUUAAUUAUGGCUCGGGGAGAUUCAUAAACACAAAGGAAAAAAGCGCGAUAAGUGAGGAAAUCGGCAAGAUACUAGUUAGCACUUAGCAGGUUAGCGAGCGAGCAAGGGGGAGGGGCGGGGUAUUGAAGGUUUUUUUUUUUUUUUUUUUUUUUUUUUUUUUGGGAGAAGCUGAAGUUUUUGUUUAUGUUAUUCCACACGGACAUGUCUUCUUCAAAUGCAGAGUUGUCAGACGCAAAUCUGGGUAUGGGGGCCAGUGGGACCCAAACAAGUGGCGGGGCUGUUGUACCAAAAGGGACCAACAAAAGACGAGCUGCGCUGGACUUUGAUGAUGUUGAUGAAGGGAAGAUGAGCAGGUUUGAUGAUGACACAGGAGGCUCCAGCAAUGACAAAGAGCGCUUUGCCAGGUUUUUGGAAGAAGAUCAGAGUUUUGCAGAUAAGGAAAAACUAGCCAGGGAGAACCACAGUGAGAUUGAGAGGCGGAGGCGUAACAAGAUGACUGCCUAUAUCACAGAAUUGUCCGACAUGGUGCCCACCUGCAGCGCACUAGCACGGAAACCAGACAAACUAACUAUCCUGCGAAUGGCAGUGUCCCAUAUGAAGUCUCUGAGAGGAAGCGGCAAUACCAAUGCAGAUGGGUCAUACAAACCUUCGUUUCUCACUGACCAGGAGCUGAAGCACCUCAUCCUGGAGGCAGCUGAUGGCUUCCUGUUUGUGGUGUCAUGUGAGACGGGGCGCAUUGUUUAUGUCUCUGACUCCCUGACCCCCGUCCUCAACCAGUCACAGUCUGAUUGGUUGGGCUCCUCCCUGUAUGAUCAGCUCCACCCAGAUGAUAAAGACAAGCUCCAGGAGCAGCUCUCGACUGCAGAGAAUAACAACACAGGGAGGAUGUUGGACUUAAAGACAGGAACAGUGAAGAAGGAGAGUCAGCAAUCUUCAGCUAGAAUGAGUAUGGGAGCUCGGCGAUCAUUCAUCUGCAGAAUGAGGUGUGGCACGUGUCCAGUGGAACCAAUGUCAAUGAACAGACUGCACUUUCUUAGGAAUAGGAACAGAAAUGGUUUAGGUGCAGCCAAAGAAGGGGAGACACAGUACGUAGUGGUGCACUGUACAGGAUACAUAAAGUCCUGGCCCCCUGCAGGAGUAUCAUUAACAGACGAUGAAGCAGACAACACUCAGGGGAGUCGCUACUGUCUAGUUGCCAUUGGGAGAUUACAGGUUACUAGUUGUCCAGGUGAUACAGACCUCAAUGCAAUCAGCGUUCCCGUGGAGUUCAUCUCCCGCCACAACUGUCAGGGCAUGUUCACCUUUGUAGACCACCGCUGCUUGCCUGCUGUUGGCUAUCAGACCCAGGAUUUGCUGGGGAAGAAUAUCCUAGACUUCGCCCACCAUGAAGAUCAGGGCUUAUUAAGAGACAGCUUCCAGCAGGUGAUUAAGCUGAAGGGUCAAGUUCUGUCAGUGAUGUUUCGGUUUCGCACCAAAACGAGAGAAUUCAUCUGGAUGCGAACCAGCUCCUUCACCUUCCAGAACCCGUUUUCAGAGGAAAUCGAGUACAUCAUCUGUACCAAUGUCAACGUCAAAAACUCGACUCAGGACCCCCUCACUCCCAUCUCCUCCCCCGGGGGUUCGAUGCCCCCCUCCUUGGGUCAGAGCAGCCCAAGUGGUCCUCCUGUAGUGCUCAGCCCGGGCCAGAUGGCCACCAGGCAGUUACAACAGCAACAGCAGGGCGACCUGGAAGGACGAGAUGGCCCAUAUGAAUCAGGCUCAAUCACUCACCCACAGAUGCCAGUGCAAGCAGUGACAGCAGCAGGGCCGGACCACAGCAAGAACAUUGAGAAGCCAGAGCUCUACCCCUCACUCUUCCAAGGACAAGAUCAGACAAAGGGCCUUCCCUCCUCUACCUCUGCUGUAGCCGCUCAGAUCUAUGCCCCAAACAGCAACUUCGCUCCUGGUCGUUCUAGCGACGCAUACAGACCAGUCAGUAUGAAUCAACAGAUGCCUCAGCCCACUCACUCAGCGUCAGCAGGGCAGAUGCUGGCUCAGAUGACUCGUCAGAAUGGAGCCCCGCAGUCAGUUACCCAAUCCAGCACUACCAGCCCCCUCCAUGGAGGCCCAGCAGGAGGAUGGCCUGGGGCUGGACCUGCAGCCAGACCACAAUUUAAUAACCAGCAGGUAGCUCCCCAGGCAGCAAAGACAAUGUCACCACCAUUUACUCCCAUGGGAGGGUUUGGAGGUGGCUCUUCUAAUACUUUCAGCCAGAUGCCUACAGGUGCCGCUCCCAUGCCUACAGGUGCUGCUCCCACCCCUACCAGCGGUGCAAACUACCCGCAAAUCAAUGCUCGUGCCAGCCUCAACAACAACGGUUUUGAUGGCUCUCAGUCUGGGGCACAGUUCCCCCCUCGAGCAGCUGAGGCAGUGUGGCCCCAGUGGCAAGGCCAGCAGCAUUCACAGAGUAAUUCAGAGCAGGGGAACCAGCAAGACAUGUUUCCUGAUGUGCUGUCCAUGUUGGACCAGCCUGCCAACUUCAACAACGAGGACUUUGAGAUUCCUAUGUAUACGCCAUUUAACGAGUGACCUGGACAGUACUUCUGGGCUACCCCUUUGUAUUCUUGCCUGGUUUUGACCUCACAGUUUCUUAAAUUUAGCUCUUCUGCUCAUCUGUUCUUCCUGCUCCUGAGAGUAGCACUCUGCCCCUUCUUUGCAUGGCUUUAGCUGCAAGACAGUUAAGGAUGGAAGGAUAAAGUUGAAUACAUAUUAUGUAAGGGAGAAAACUUAAGAAUUUGCUACUGACUAAAAGAUUAUUUUAACAAUAUACAGCCAUUGUAAGAGAAUUCUCUAGCUAGCACUGCCCAAAGCUCAACAAUCCAUAUUGUAGAUAUGUGAUAUACAAUAUAUAUAUGAAUAUAUAUAUAUAUAUAUAUAAAAAUAUAUAAAACGCACAAUCUCACAACCACACUUGAAUAGCCUUCACAAAACCAUUCUCCUGUACUCUGGUAAAUGGAAAUUAAAAAUGGAAGUACUCACACACACAAAGGCCUUUUAUCCUAAUGUAUUCAUGGUUUUUCUCAGGCAUUUUUUAAGAGUGUGUUUUACUAUUUUAGCCUUAGGCAUGUAGACUAAUCACUCCAGUCACUGAUUUAAACUCUCGGGAAAUUGCAGGGAUAUACAGCGUUUGUGAUUUUUUUUUUUUUUUUUUUUCUUCUCAGUUCUCAGCUAAUGUCACUCUGUUUUCUAUCCACAGCAUGUCUCUGCAUGGCUGAACUGCUUUCAUACAGUGUGUGUCCAUUGCGUAGAUUUUUAUUGUGUAGUUUUCCAUGUACAAAGUUGGCCUCACCUGUAAAUUCAUUUAUUUUCCCUUUUUGUGAAUCACGUGAGUUUUUUUCUUUGUGUACUUCAACACAUUACAGUGGCUUACAUACAGGUUUUUUCUUUUACAGCGUCCAUUGGAAACGUAUACAGUCUAUUUUUCUUUGCCUAGAUAGACAUAGAUACAGUAUGCACGUGUUAAUGUUUGUUAAAUGGAUGCAUACAGUAUCAUAAUCAACUCAAUCUUCUAAGGUUUUUGCCUUGCUUGAUUUACUUCUUUCUGCUUCCCUGAUUACUCAUUAAUUACAGGCUUUUGUACUCAUUUUAUAAGAGAAAUAUUUUUUAAAAAUCACAGCAAUAAUUAACAAGCAGGAAUUCUGUACUUUUCAAGCCAUUUUUAUUGUUACAUUUCCUUUAAAUGUUUUGAAAUGGAUACGUGUGAUUUUAUCUAAAUGUCUAUAAGAUUGUUCGAUCUCUUGACCUAUCCAUUAACCCUUCUCUGACUGGUAUUUUAUUAAUGGUUUAAUCAGGGUAUUCAGGAUUAAAAUGGAAUCAACAAAGAUAAAACUGAUAUAAGUGAGAAUGUCUGUCUACAUAUUUAUCUAUCUAUAUAUUUUUUAAUCAGUGUUUUGUCCUUGUGCUUUUUACACUUGGACUACAACUGAGUUUUUUUGGCAAAUUCCUUUUCUACCAGAAUGUCUCGUGAUGAAAGGCAGCGCUUCAAAGAUGAUUUAAUGUUUAAUAUGUGGAGUUUAAAGUUGACCCGUGGCGUUAGGUUCCCUUGUUUGUGUGUAACAUGCACACGGUCACGAUAAGAGAUUAUGUCAUUGUAUGUAAACCCAUGUAGAUAUCUGCCCAGGCUUCAUCUUGCAGAGGAUGGUAUGUUGGUGACUGUUUUGUCUUUGUUAAUGAUGAAAACCUCUUUGGUUACUCUGUAUCCAUUUUUUUCCCCCCUCACUCAUAGAAACACAAAUAUAUAAAUAUACUGUAUAGGUAUAUGAAAUUUUAAACAAGAGAAAAAUAUGUUUUUGGUUUUGUAUUAAAUUGUUAUAAUGUCCAACAUGAAAGUGUUUUAUUGUAAUUUGAAAUGGACAUUUUUUUAGUUAUGGUGGGUUUCUAUUUUAUUAUGUUCAUUUUCAGCUCCAGGUUUUGAUUCUUUACUAAAGUCACUUUGUGCGAGUGACAAUUCAGUAUCAUCUUUAUUUUAUACUGAUCCUUGGUGCAACCCCUCAGUUCAUACAGUAUCUGAAUCGAGUUGCUUUAGCACCGUCCUCCCUCUCCUGUCAAGCCAACUUUAUUCUGAUUGGCCGCCCCUCUCAAAGAAAAGUUUUGAAAAGUUGGUUGAGCAUCUUUGCUCACAGCCAAAGCUGUGACCCUGAGUUGACUAUAUUAAAGAUAUGCUUGAUGAAAGUCAAGAUGUGUUUGAAGUGCAGACUUUUGUCUUUUAUUCAAGACAUUUAA